AUGGCCGGACAUGGCGACCUGCAGGAGCUGCUGCGCAUGUUCACCGCGCGCAAGGUGCCAAUGAUGACGGCAAUGGGGCACAUCAAGUCGUUGCAAGCCAAGAAUCUUCGCACGAUCCAGCAAAUCGCCGAGGCACCAGCUUCGACAGUCGAGUCAGCCAUGUCAGACUCCAAGCUCGCAAGGAGCCUUCACACGGCAUGCAGAUCGCACGGCAAGAAGAUGGAAAAACGCGCCGCCGAGGUGUCCAUGUCCUCGUCGUGCAAAAGGGCGAAGCUGGAACCCCAUAAGCGCGACUUGGACCACGGUUCCAUGAGCGCAGAAGAGCUCGAGGCCUCGCUUGAGUUGCCGCUGGUGCAGAGCGAAGACAUGAUCCGCCAAACUACCGUUGUGACCAACAGAGCACCGCUGGUCCUAGCGUUCGCCGUGGAACUGUUGCGCUUCACCAUGCCGGAGCAGCCGCCCAGCAGCAGGCUGAGCCUGGCCCAGGCGGUAGUGAGCGCCAACUCGAGGACAAAGGCGAUAAGCAUCGGCAUCGAGAAAGCGCCGCGCGCAGGGGAGGAGGAGCACAUUGCCAAGGGCCAGCCAAAGGUCAGGAUCCUGGGGAGGGAGAUUCCCGUCCUCAAGCGAGGCGGAUACACAUGGAAACCGGAUGAGAGCGAGGGGCGGCAAGGCCCAACGGCAGGCAACAGUGGCGACGCACACGGGGGGCAGCCUUCAACGGAGAGCAAGGCAUGGGCGGCAAGUCAAAAGCUGACGAGCAAAUCAUCCACCUUUGUGGCACACGCAGCCAGUCUAUCGUCCCCUUGCAUGCGUUCCAGCUUGAUGAAGGGGCUCUUGAAGGAAAAACCCGAGCUGGAGACGGCGACGCAUAACGCGUGGGCCGUUCGGUCGCGCUACGGAAACUCGCCGCUGGUCCAGGAGGCGUCCUUUGACGACGGGGAGUCUGGCUGCGGCAGUUUUCUGCUGGGCAUCAUGCGAGAAGCGGGCGUGACCAACACGCUGGUGGUCCUGACAAGAUGGUACGGAGGCAUCAUGCUUGGUCCGGACCGGUGGCGGUUGAUGAGGGAAUGCGUCAACGAGGCACUGUCGUCGCGCCGACGAGCAUGCGCGCUCGCGGGCGAAGCGCUCUGGGGCUUGGACCCGGAAAACAAGACGCCGUCCCAGGCAACGGUAGGGAUGCCCAUCCACCGCCCCGAGAGAGCGAGGAACUAUCUGCUGCAAAGCUUUGCCGCGGCGCCGUCGGGCAGCGCCGGGGGCAAGACCGGGGGCAAGAAGACGGCGGCGGCAUCGAGCGAGGAGCGACAGGAGAACCUGGGAAGGCUGCUGGGGGCGCUGAGGCUGCUGCUCAGCAGCUGGGCAGACGUCUUGCCAAAGGAGGAGCUUGAUCGACGAGCCUGGAGCUGGUAUGUCGCAGUGCGACCGGAUGUGGAAGCCGGGCCGUCGGGCUGGGGAGCCAAGGGGGAGUUGAACCUGGGCAGGAUUCUCGACUUGCGGCGGUUGGAAGAAGCUGCUUGCGGAGAGGGUGAGGGAGACGGCGGCAGGGUCGGGAAUACAUGA